UUCGGGCGGGCCGCUACACCGUCUCAUUAGUCCUUUAUUAACUUGAGUAAUUUCAUGUUUAUAAGUGCAGAAUCAUGUGAACUUUACUGCUUUUAUAUUUCAUGAAGUUAUUUACGACUUUACAAAACGCAACUUACACGAAACCACAACUAUAUUAUUAAAAACGAGGUAUAUUGAAACUACCUUCAUACAAUUUAUUACCCUGCAAGUUUUUGCAAUUGAAGGCUUCGUUGUAAAAGGCACUAGGCCUAACAACGCUGUAUUUCAGUCAGUCACGCCGAGUGACAAUACGCGUGCUCUUUUGUUAAGUUCAUUACACAAGGUCGCAGGUACCGAAGAUCGAAUUUUGCGUGUCACGGCGCCCUCAGCCGGCUAUUUCGAGCCACGGGAGCGCUGCUGAAAUUAUUGGAGCAAAAAUACGUUCAUACUAUAGCAUGGCUAGUGGCUAGCCGCGGCUACCACCCCCGAGGGAAUGACAAGACGGACGAGCCAGUCGUGGUACUCACGAGGCAAGUCUACAUGUCUGCACGUUUUUCUUACCAUGUGUGUGUUUCCGUAAGAAAAUUGCCGUGAUUAUAUUCACGAAAAACACCUAAGAUCUGUAUCUCUUUUCGAAACUACGCGAUCCUCAUUAAGCUACCAGCUCUUGAAUGCCCUAAAUCAUUAGGGCGAAAACGAGCGUGCGAAAUGUGCCGGCACAUGGAGCGUGGACCGGUGUGUGGCGUGCUGUUCGAUCGUGGGCGCGGAGGAGCCGUGCCGGAGCCACCGGCAGUCGGGCCCCCACGGCAGACGAGGCAGGCGGCGCCGCGAGCGUCAGCGCCCGCGCGCGCCACAACCACACAUCAAAUUUCGAACAUAACCGCUCACGACAAAACCAGCCAGUGUUCAGUGCAGUGAUCCAAAAAGUCCGCAUGGACAGUGAGCCUCUGUGGUGGGCUGAUCCCACACUAUGCUCCAGCCAAUAGGUCCCGGUGGCUCAAUGCCCGACCUUAACAUUUUUUCGUAGGCUGUGUACAACAAGCAGUGGCAAUAAGCAGUGACUAAAGAGGAAACGAAAGCAAUAAAAUGUGUUUAUAAUGUUGCUUAGUGAAGUGAAACAAGUGGAUUGGCCAUGAACCAGCGAGCGCCGCAGAGAUCGCGACAUCUAGUGUCGAAGCUACAGAGACUGCGCCUCGACGUCCGGAACGAGACCUAGGCGGCGCCACCGUCGCUCCACGUGGCACCACUGUAGCACCGCCGUGGCACCACUGUGGCGACACUAAACUAGUUUAAUACAAUAAACGCCAAAUUGCGCUUACUUCCAUUACGUAUUCUUUCUCGCAAUAAACAUAUCGUAUUUUAAGAACGACCACUACUAAUAAAAAGUACAUGUAGCUAAAUUUUUACUCUUAAUCUAAAAAUAGUUCUGCCUUUCUUGUGCCUAUUCUCUUAAUAAAAAUAAUAAACGCAUCCUAAACAAAAAUUACCAAGUUGAACUGUGAUGGGACUCAAUUAAAAGUGAUUACUACCGUUUGACGUGUGAACUUAACAAAAUAUAUCAUCUAAAAGUCUGCAAAAUUCAAUUAUAAAUUUAACGCUUAAUCUUUAGAAUAAAAUUAAUACUAGUAACGCUAGCCGUAGCGUAGAGUAGGUUCAGUGGUUACGUAAAAAAAACAAGUGUUACUACAACUAAAACUACAAUCGAUAAAAAACCGAAUAACUGAAGAUCGCAUAUAACAAGUGUACAGUGCGUUGAAGUGAGGCUUGCCGCCACGCAGCGGCCGAGCGUUCCGCCGGCGACACAGAACCGCCACAAAACUGGCAAGUAUGCAGGCAGCGCUUAUGCUAAGAUCGAAAUCGCGGGAGAGACGCAAACAGCGACUAAAGAGAGGAUUCAAACACGAGCUGCCGAGCAAUGUGGCCACCAAGCAGAUCGCGCCCUUCCCGAGAUACCCGCCGGCUUCCUGGUGUGCAGCCGGGCGCGCCGCAUGGCAGGAGGCGGCGGCGCUGUCGGUGGGCGGCGGCGGGGCGGGCGCGGGGGGCGCGGCGCGGCGCUGCUCCGUGUUGGGCGACCACCCGCGCGCGCGCCACGACAAGCACCGCGUGCCGUGGCACCGGACCAACCGGGUCAGUACGGUGCGCGACGCGUCGUACGGCUCGUCGUCGUCGUCGUCGGAGGCGGGCGAGGGCGGCGGCGCGGCGCGGCUGCUGUACGCCGGGCUCGCCACGCUGGCCGUCGGACUGGUGGUUUACUUCGUGGGGACUGGUGAUAAGGGGUUCAAAACGCCGGCCCUCCGGCUGGUGGGCCCGUCGCUCAUCGUGGCGGGGCUGGCGUGCUGCCUGCUGCGGAUCCUGCUGUGCGUGGUGGCGCGCCCCUGCUGCCGCCGCCGCCAGCUCUACAAGGAGAGCAGAAGACUGUCCGGCGGCGACGGGGAGGAGAUGCCGCUGGCGGGCGCGGGGGCGGCGGUGGCGGCGGGGGCGCGGGCCGGGCCGGCGCAGUGCUCGCCCGCGCGCCGCCUCGACGCCUCCAGCUGUGACGUGUCCAGCCUGUCUUCAGGAGAAGAGGAUGAGCGACUGCGGCGGUACCGCACCGCGCCCCCCGCGCCCGCUCCGCCGCCGCCCCCGCCCCCCGCGCCGCCGCCCGCCCCCGCGCGCCGGCCCCCGCCCCGCAACGUCUCCUUCGCCGGCCCCGACGGCGAGCUGGUGCUCAGCCCUGCGCAGCUGCGCUCCUAGCGCCCCCAACACCCUCGCAAUACUCACAGCGGCAGCGGUGAAAACUCUCUCCAAACUGUUCUUUAACCCGAGUGACGGAUGGCUCGAUUAUUUGCACGUUUGAUCACUUCUCGCAAGCUCCUGGCUCGUAAUUUUAAGUUUGAUUUGCUAGAGGAACAAUCAGUACUAGGUUUUAAGUAUUACAGCUAGGUUGUUUUCAGUGAUGUUCCGUUUUCGACUGUAAGUGCCGAAAGUUAAAUGUGUCCUAGAGUUAAAUGUGAAGCAAAGACUUAUGGAAUUAUUUUAUGGUUACCGCGAUUUUAAAAAACUUAAUGUAAGCGUUUGUUCCAAUCUCUGUAGAGACAUAAAUAUUGAAUGUGCUAGAUCCAUCCACGUCGCCGACUGUUCCCUGCUAGGUGUGGUCUGUGCUUACACUAACAUCUAGGUAUACGAAGCGUCCAUUAGUUACUAUCACCCUGAAAUUUUCAGAAAACGACCAACUGUAAAUAAGAAGUCUAUCUAUAAUCUUCCGAUGUAGCACCACACCUAACAGAGAAAAUAAAACAUAGUAAUAUAAAGGUGUAAAUCUCAAUGUAUUAAAACUGCCUACUAGCUGCGAAUUUAUAUUUAAAAAUAAUAAAAGUCAUAAAAAUAGAUUUAUAACUGACAAUAAUGGUUGUUAACUGAUGUAUAAAGUGUUGUUGCGUAUGUUUGUGAAAUGGUUUUGUUAAGAAUUACGACAUCAGAAUAAUGUAAAGACGAUUAACAACUUAUGUGCAUUGUAUUUAUAAUGGAAAACUCAUCUUAAAAUGAAAAGGCAUAAAUAUUAAAAAGGUAAGUAUGCGUUUAAAUAGCCUAGUAUAUUUUAGUGAAAUAAUGCAUUUAUACAAUGUACAUGAGUUUGUAAAGAAUAUACCUAAUAUACUUAAUAGCAUAAAGUCGGUGUAUAGCGAGUGAUACUGUUUAACAGCAUUUUUAUUGUAUAAGCUCACAGGAAAAUCUAGAUGGUUCAUUAAAUAGUUACUUUGUGAGCUGUGCAGAUUUUCAGAAACAAAAAACGUUUUAUAGGCCCUCGUAAAAUAAAGUUAUUUAAAGAAACAUACAUUAUACCCGGAUAACAUAACGUACCUAAUUCACUCAAACAACUUUUGAUCUACAGCUUUCGAAAAUUCACGAAAAGAAUAUUCUAAUCCAUAGUUAUAAGUCAUGUGAAGUUAGAUUUUUUUUCAGUGAUUAUUUCCAAUUUCGAGAAACAAGAGUUGUUAAGAAUGAGGCACUGAGUCAUCCAUUUUCAGCUUACUAUGCCAUUUAUACAACAGCCUGUAUAAGAAUUACUUUAUACAUCAAAAAAAUAAGUACCUACCUACUUAUUUAUAAUUUUAUGAUCAUUAUUUAUUAUAGUAUCUGAUGAUAUAGUACAAUUGAAUGAACCAUCUAAUUUACUUUCUGUGAUAAAAUAAGUAAUAAAUACCUACCAAUAGAUAUAUUAAUAAUAUACAAUACCCACACUAUGUGUGUAUGCGUGCAGUAUAUAAGGCACACCUAGCAACUACUAUUUAUAAAUAUAUUAUAUAUUUUAGACAUAUUUGCACCAGUAGUUGAAUAUUAAAAUGUAUAUUUGCAGAUUUUAGCUAGACAUUAAUAAAAAUACAAAAUCGAUCUAAUUUUAAAGAAUACGUUGAGAAUUUGGUUUUCUAUAUAAAAAUAGGUCAGAGAAAUAUGUUAUGUGUAUCAUGUGUAUGUGAAAGUUUCUAAUCAGUUUCUGUCAAUUAAAAAUCUAUAUAAUCAAAUAAGACAUAGUUAAUUUGAAUUAUUUUAGUCUAAGAAGGGUCAAUUAUACUAUUUAUUUUAAACAUAUUAUUAUGGCUUUGGUUUCUCAUACUAAAAUACAUAGGCGCUGUGUAAAAAAGUACGGCUAAAUUGCUUUCACUGUAUUUAUUUCAUGAUACUAUUGUAAGUACAAUAUUUUGUACUUGAACAUAGUUACCAAUGAAUUGUUAAUGGUAGAUGUUUUAAUAUGGCCUAUUUGAGUUCGAUAAAAUAAACCAAACACCAAAUUUGAAAUCUGUUUACACAGUCGUUGUGAACAUUUUAAUAGUUGUAAGAAAAAUGAGCUUCACAUAGAAAAUACUGGCUUGUGUCUGUACGUGUGUGUGUUUAUUCACACUCUCACUCGCUCAUUUUCACCCCUUUAUCUUUUUCUAUUUAUAUAAAAUCUAAAUACAGAAACAUAUUUGUUUAUAAAAUAUAUAUUUUAUAUAUAUUCUCGUGGUUUAUACUCUUUAACAGGUAGACACGGUUGAUACAUUUUUAUGAUAUACAUACAUAUUUACAUAUGUUUUUCUGAAAAUAUUAUAAAUCAACAAAGAUUCUUAAGUAUAUUGAAUUAUAUAUCAGCCGUCGUCUUUUUAAUAAUAUAAUAAUUUACAUAUAUUGGGCCACACGGACUAUGUAAAAAUAUCACGAAUCGAAGGCAUAUACUGACAAGCCCUGCCUAGUGCAUCCAUCUUCUGACCCAAGAUAUUUUAUAAAUCAACAUUCUAGAAUAAAAUGUAUUUUUUGAUUAAAUUGAUGAAAGCGCACAUUUUCAAGGGGACAGGGUUAUCCUCAUUAUUAAAAAUCAGAAGAAUUUUCCUUUUUAACUUAAAAAAUCUCAUAAAAACACCGAACUUGUCAUAAUUUAGUAUCUAUAGCACCUACUGAGUAUAAUAAUUAUAAUUCUCAAAGGAAAAUUCAUCUGUACAUUUAUACGAACAUAAAAUUUUGUAUAUGAGCAUAUUUAUUGCUUCAUAACAAAAUAAAUAUUCAUUCAUACAUUACAUGUAUAUAAAUACUUCAUGAAAUCUGAAACACCAAUGACGUGCUACCUCUCAUUAUUUAUAUUCAAAGUUGCUUUUAAUUUCAAAGUAGAUUUAUUUACUUAGCUAUGAAUAAACUUUCCCUUUUUUACCAAGUUAACUUCGCGAAGCAUUCUCAGUUUUUGUGUACUAAGUGCUUCCAAUCCCACCUAGCUUCUAUUUUUACUAGCUUCAUGUUUUGUACUUACUCCUGCAAAUUCACCAUCUAUCUCUUGAUUUACGAUGUUUAAUUCAAUAUUCCUAUCGUUUUAAUAUCGCAAAACAAAUGUACCAAAUUACAAAAGGUUUAGUUCAUUUAUCAAUUACUUAACCAGAUAUAUACGCAAGUUUAUUAUCGAAGCUCUAACAUCGAAAUCGCUCUACACCUAUCUAAUGUUCUUUCUAUUUUACUUAAAAUAUGUUAAAUAUGUAUGGUGCAAAAAUUUAUGUCAUAAUAAUAAUGUUAAACACUGUGAUUUAAAUGUUGUUUAAAAGUUUAAAUUUAUUAUAAACGAGUUUAUUAUUAAAUGUGUUGAAUGUUUUCUAAAAGAAUAUGAGAUAUUUAUACUUAGGUUUUUGAUGUCAGAUAUAAAUAAUAUAAUAAAUAUAUAUAGCGCUCAAAGUGGAAAGUUUUAUAUGAGAAGAGCAAUGGUGUAGAUUACGUUGGUAUUUAUUAAUAUAAUUUGUUCAUGCCCUGUAUUAUAGUUCAUGACAUUGUUUUAAUUAUUUAUAGGCAUUGGUGCAUAUCAUGUGUAUAGCGCAGAUGAUUAAUCAAAUAAAUUAGAAUGAAAAAUUAA